AUGGAAAAUAGUAUUAAUCAAGAAGCAACUGCUGAUAACAAUGCUUCUGUGAAUAAUAACAUGCCUGUCGAUCCUCCUAUUUCGAAUGAUGAUGCUGCUAAUCCUAAUUUCCGUAGUGCUAACGAUAGUCAGUCACAAGGUUCUUCUAACCUUAGGGUAAAAACAGAUUUAGCUUGGAAAUAUGUUGCUCUACAAACGGUGAAUGAAAAACCACAAUAUCAAUGUUUAUUUUGUCUACAAGUUUUCAAUGGAGGUGGAAUUCACAAGAUGAAGAAACAUCUAGCAAAGAUUUCUGGAGACGUGAAAAAAUGUCCUAAAGUUCCAUAUGAUGUGGAAAAACAGAUGAAAAGUUUGUUGAAAGAAAUUCAGACCAACAAAAAGAAAAGAAAAGUAAAUUUUGGUGAAGAGGGUGGUGAUGAGGUAGAGGAUGCAAUUGAUGAGGCAAUAGCUCAAGAAGAACAGGAACAGCAGCGUACCCUGAGUCAGCAAGGAGUUGGAGGCGAUCCAAAGAAAAAAGCCAAAGUCAUUCCUCCUAUGUUUGCACCAAGAACAACUCCAGGAGCUCAACCAAGUAUUAAAAGUGUUCUGCAAAACAAAGAGGCGAUACACGAGGUUGAUAAAUGGUUUGCUCGGUGGCUUUUGGAUUGUAAAAUUCCAUUUAAUGCUGUGAUGUCGCCAUAUUUCCAAGAUAUGUUGGAUGGUGUUGCUGGUAUUGGACCUGGUUACAAGGGGCCUUCUUAUGAUAAGUUAAGGGUUCAUUUGUUGGCUGAUCUUAAAAGAGAAAGUCAAAUGCUAGUUGAUAGUUAUAAGAGUGCAUGGAAGGAAACUGGAUGUACCCUCAUGGCUGAUGGUUGGACAGAUCAAAGACAAAUAACGUUAAUCAAUUUCUUUGUGUAUUAUUCUAAAGGUUUGUGCUUCGUGAAAUCAGUAGAUGCGUCCAGUAUGGUAAAAAAUGCUUCAUACUUGUGUAAUUUGUUUUCUGAGGUAAUUGAAUGGAUUGGCCCUAAUGAUAUUGUGCAUGUUGUGACUGACAAUGCGGCCAAUUAUGUUGCUGCUGGUAGGCUUAUCAAUAGAAAAUAUGAUAAUAUCUAUUGGUCACCAUGUGCUGCUCAUUGCCUUAAUCUUAUUUUAAAAUAUAUAAGCAGCAUGGCCCAUAUUUCUAACCUUGCAACACGUGCUUCAAAGAUCACAGUAUUUGUGUACAAUCAUACGGUUUUCUUAUCUUGGCUAAGACAAAAACCUCGUUGGAGAGAAAUUGUACGUCCUGGUGCAACCCGUUUUGCAACUGUGUUUAUCACAUUGAAGAGCAUCUUUGACCGUAAAAAGGAGUUGCAAGCAUUGGUUAUAGAUUCAAUUUUCACUGAUCACAAAUUAGGAAUGAGUGCUACUGGUAGAGCUGUGAGUGCUAUUAUUCUGGAUUGCAAAUUUUGGGACGAUUGCUUUACUGUAUGUAAACUUGUGGGCCCUCUGAUUUACUUGCUGAGGGUUGUUGAUGCUAAUGACAAACCAUCUUUGGGAUAUGUUUAUGAAGGAAUGCUAACGGCAGAAGAUGCAAUUAAGGAGAUGUUUAGGCAAUCCAAGACUGCAUAUCAGCCGUACACAGAUAUUAUCAACUCAAGAUGGGACAAGCAUUUGAAGAAAGAUCUUCAUGCGGCAGCUUACUUCCUGAAUCCUAAAUUCUUUUUUAAUGAAAAUUACAAAGAAGCAUCUGAUGUUAUGCGAGGUUUGCUUGAUCUUGUUACCUUGUAUUGCAAGUGUAACAAUUUGGAUUCAGUUCAGGCAAUGAAAGAAAUACAUUUAUAUAGAGAUCGGAAGGAAAGUUUUGAUAGACAAGAAGCUAUUCGAGUUGCAUCUGAACUUAAGCCUGAUGAAUGGUGGAGGUUAUUCGGAGGCUCUGCUCCAUGUUUACAAAAGAUAGCUGUUCGCAUUCUUAGCCAAGCAUCUGCUUCUUCUGGGUGUGAGAGAAAUUGGAGUCUUUUUUACCAGAUUCAUACAAAAAGAAGAAAUAGAUUGGAGCAUGAUAGACUGAAUGACAUUAUUUAUGUUACUUAUAAUUUGUGUCUUAAUUUCAGGUAA